GCUCCCCCGUUAAUCAGAUCAGCUCUCCUUUGCAGCCUCUCUCACCCGCAAGUGCCUGUCUCCCCUGAGAGGUGUCUCUCAUUCGUGCCUCUCUCCCCUCCCCUUUCCACCGAUCGCCGUGCAAAUUCUCGUCAGCUCCCUUUCUCCUUCUCCCUUCCCUGCUGGAUGACUCUCCCCUCCUCUCGGCUCUGUGCAUCGCUCCCUCCAUCCCUCCCUCCAUCCUCCCUCUCCCUCUCCGCGCUGCCUGUGUGCGCGCAUCUCCCUCCUCCGGCCGCCCACCACCACCCCUCGCCCUGCAGGCGCAGCGCUGCCCGGAGAAGCCUUCGAUCCUCCGCCGCCUCCCGGCCCUGCCCGGCCGCCCCGAGUCCCUCCUCGGCACCAUGUCCGGCUCCGGCAGGAAAGACUUCGACGUGAAGCACAUCCUGCGCCUCCGCUGGAAACUGUUCAGCCACCCCUCGCCGGCGGGCGGCCCGGCGGGGGGCGGCUGCCUGCCGCCCGACAGCAGCUUCGAGCACUGGGGGCCGAGCCAGAGCCGCCUGCUGAAGAGCCAGGAGAGGGGCAGCAGCGCCUUCUGGAAGAAAUCCCCCUCCUCAGCCUCCUCCACCGCCGCCGGGCCGCCCAACGGGACGCCGCGGCCGGGCGGGGGUCACGGACCGGGGCCGGGUCCUCCGCCGCCGCCCCGCACCGUCUUCUACGUGGAGACUCUGGAGGAGGAAGAGGAGGAGGAGGCGGAGGCGGCGCCCGGCGGCAUGGAGGUCGCCCGGGAGCCCGAGAAGCCCCCUGCGCCGGCCGAGCGGGAGGAGGCGCCGGGGGGAUGCGCGGAUGGCGGCAGCCGGGCAACAGGUGACGGAGGAGGGCGCAGACUGUCAGCAGUCAGUCAUCCCCUGCCACCUCACUGCGACAUGGAUUCGAGUAGUUCUGAGGAAUUCUACCAGGCUGUUCACCAUGCUGAGCAAACCUUCAGAAAGAUGGAGAGCUACCUGAAGCAACAACAGCUCUGCGACGUCAUUCUGAUUGCUGGGAAUCGCAAGAUACCUGCACACAGACUUGUCCUCAGUUCUGUCUCUGACUACUUUGCUGCCAUGUUCACAAGUGAUGUUUGUGAAGCCAAGCAAGAAGAGAUCAAAAUGGAAGGCGUAGACCCCAGUGCAUUGUGGGAUCUUGUUCAGUUUGCAUAUACAGGCUGCCUGGAGCUGAAAGAGGACACUAUUGAAAAUCUUCUGGCAGCUGCCUGCCUCCUCCAGCUCCCCCAAGUAGUAGAAGUUUGCUGCCAUUUUCUAAUGAAGCUUUUGCACCCAUCCAACUGUUUGGGAAUACGAGCAUUUGCUGAUGCACAAGGAUGCACAGAGCUAAUGAAGGUGGCUCACAACUACACAAUGGAGAAUAUAAUGGAAGUUAUAAGAAAUCAAGAAUUUUUACUUCUACCGGCUGAAGAACUCCAUAAACUUCUUGCUAGUGAUGAUGUGAAUGUUCCUGAUGAAGAGACCAUUUUCCAUGCCUUAAUGAUGUGGGUGAAGUAUGAUAUGCAGAGACGAUGCAGUGACCUAAGUAUGCUGCUUGCUUAUGUAAGAUUACCACUGCUUCCACCUCAGUUUGUGCUACAAAAAGUGUACAUUACUGUACACUUUCAGUAUGUACCAUUCAGAAUGAAUAACAACAAAGGUGAUACAACUAUUGAAAAAUAUGAUCUCAGAACAAAUAUAUGGAUCCAGGCUGGAGUGAUGAAUGGCAGGAGGCUUCAGUUUGGUGUUGCUGUCAUUGAUGACAAGCUGUUUGUCAUUGGAGGCCGGGAUGGUUUAAAGACGUUAAACACCGUUGAAUGUUACAAUCCAAAGACAAAGGCUUGGACUGUGUUACCACCAAUGUCAACACAUAGGCAUGGCUUAGGAGUUACAGUGCUUGAAGGGCCUAUUUAUGCAGUAGGAGGCCAUGAUGGUUGGAGCUAUUUGAAUACAGUUGAGAGGUGGGACCCUCAAAGUCAGCAGUGGACAUUUGUGGCAAGUAUGUCAAUUGCCAGAAGCACUGUUGGAGUAGCAUCGUUAAAUGGCAAGUUAUAUUCAGUUGGAGGUCGGGAUGGAAGUUCAUGUUUGAGUUCAAUGGAAUAUUAUGACCCUCAUACAAAUAAAUGGAAUAUGUGUGCUCCAAUGUGUAAGAGAAGAGGAGGUGUAGGAGUGGCUACAUGUGAUGGCUUUCUUUAUGCAGUUGGAGGUCAUGAUGCUCCUGCUUCUAACCACUGCUCCCGACUGCUGGACUAUGUAGAAAGAUAUGAUCCAAAAACUGAUACAUGGACAAUGGUGGCUCCACUGAGUAUGCCUCGAGAUGCUGUUGGUGUCUGUCUGCUUGGUGACAAAUUAUAUGCAGUAGGUGGAUAUGAUGGUCAAACAUACCUGAACACUAUGGAAGCCUAUGACCCUCAAACCAAUGAAUGGAUGCAGAUGGCUUCCCUAAAUAUUGGAAGAGCUGGUGCCUGUGUUGUAGUCAUCAAGCAACCAUGAAUUUGUGAGCACUGCUUAUGAUUUUACUAACUGUGAAAUGAUUAUUUUUCUAUCAGACAACAAGAAUAAUAACGUCACGAGAACAAGUAUUUACACACUGAAUGCUCUGUUGAUCACAGACAUGAAGAAGUUUGAAAGUGAGAAAGAUGAAGGAUUUAUGCCCUAUAAAAUCAUAAUAACUAUUUAUAUUCUGAGAAAAAGAAAAAAAAAAUCAGACUGUCGUAGGUGUAAAUAUGUAAGCGUGCAGUAGUAAGUACUGUAUUGUUCUCACAAAUGUGUCCUGGAGAACUGGAUAAUCAAUAGCAUCAAGGGACAGCUCUAGACAAGAAGCAGGAGGAAAUCAUGGACAAUUUUCAUGAGUUUUAACAGCAGAAACAUCAAAGUACAUUUAAUCACUUUUAAACUGUGUUUUUGGAAAAGUAGAUAAUAUAACAUUUUUCUGUUCAUGUCUUUUCUUCAAGUGUGUUAUGGCCUUAUCAUCUACGUAGUUAGGUAAGGGAAGAGAAUUAGUUCGUACUAAAGAGAUAAAAAAGUCUAGAUAUACAACAUCUAUUCAUAAUGAUUAAGCUGUUGCUCUACAGUAGGAAGAAAAAAAA